UCACACGCGUUCGAGUGCGUGCAAUAGUGUGUGCAGAUAUGGAUGGUUAACGUGAACUUCAUUUAUUUUUAUUGUAAUUUUCAAAACUUCAAAAAAAAUUUUUGCAAGAAAUCUGAAAUUUAAUUAAAUAAAUUUCCUUAUAUUAAAUAAAAUAGAAUGGAGUGAAAAAUGGAAAGGCAAUUAUUUUAACUUAUAUCCGCAUAUCAUUUUGACAAACAAAAAAUUGACAAAGCAGCUUUUUUAUAGUCGGUGGAUGAAGGAAAAAGAAUGAAAAACGAAAGAAGAUUAAACAACAGUAGAUAGAAACCGUGUAGCAUACAAAUAGAAAAAAAAUUGUUUCCUCGACAUUUCUGCCAGAUAUAGUUGGAUAAUUUGUGUAAAAUCUUUAAUAAUUACUCGUUAAGCAUCGCCUGCGUGUCGUCGAAACUUUGUCAUGUUUUCGUUAAAUUUUAUAUCGACAAAUCGACAAAGCGUAAGAAAAAAUGUUAAAAAUGACAUGGACUUUGUAGUCUGAAAUAUGACAGAAAUGAUGAAGUGUUGUUCUUUUCGGUAUGAAGAGGAGGAGGAAUUUUGAUGAUUCUAGCGGAUGUUUUUUUUUUUAUUACCUUUGAAAAUAUUCAAUGAGUUGACUGUGUUUUUUGUUUUGUGGUUUCAAAGAAACUAUAACAGCAGCAAUAACAAAGACAAAUUGUUGCUUCUUUCUAAGCCGAAUCGAAUGUGGUUACCGUUGUUAAAGGAAAACAUUAUUGCUACGAUUACAUCUUACGGAGCAUUGGCAGUUGACUUAACACCAGAUGCGACUUUUCACGAUUGAAUAUGUAAUCAAAUUGAAGAAAGAGGAUUUAAAAGUAGACGAGAUAAAAAUAAAAUUUGAAAAUAUAUGUAUCGUCCGAACUACUGAAACAAUGAUAAAGACGGAAAACAAUGAAAAAGCUUAUAAAAAAGCGUUACUUUAAUAUUUGUGAUCUCGGGUUAAAUUGAAUUAAUCGCACUUGUGGAAAUCGUAAUCCACUCGUAAACAAGCAAAACAAAAAUAAUAAUAAUAAUACUAAACGCAAUACUCACGCAAAAAACCAUAUCAUAAACUCCAACUAACAGUUUCUAUAGCACAGUUGGCUUUUUGGGAUAUUUGAUUUAAACGGUAAACAGCAAUAAAUUUUUCAACCAUACUUAGCAGAAAGCAAAGACCCCGAAGGAAAGGAAAUAAUACCUGUUGUAUACAUAAAAAAUUCGAACAAAAUGCAAUAGGUAACCGGUGAAGCCAAGAUGCAAGAUUAUACGAAUGAUUUCGUAUAUUGUUGGUAAAAAAUUUUAGAAGCAACGUCACGAAAAGAAAAAAAUUUCUAAUAAAAUCGAAAAAACAAAAAAAAAGCAGCAACAAUGUUUUGGUCAGCAACAGACAGGCAAAAGUAGCAGUUUUACAAAUUGAAAUUCAGGAAACAACGAACAAAAUAAACGAAACCAUCACCAACAUAAUCGAUAUCCCCAUUAACAUCAUCAACAACAACGGCAGCAAUAAUCACCUACAAUAGACUGAAGUAACGUUUUGUGGUACAUAGCUGCACGCUUAAUUGGCUCACAACUAGGGAAAAGCGUAAUGUUGUUUUUCUAAUACCUACAAGCUGUGUUAAGACUUAUCGAACAAUAGCAGUAUUAAAUACUGGCUCGCUAGGAACAGUAACAGCAGCGUCCUUAGUAGCAGCUAUAAGAUUGACAUUAGCGGCAAAGUUAAAAUUACAAUAGAAAGUUGCUUAUUUUUGCUGCCAAUUGAUUAGUUAACAAUAACGUUUUAUCAUCGCUAAUGGUUUUGUAUAAAGUUUAAUGUGGCUCCCGAUGCUACAAAAGCUAAAUUUGGCUGAGUUAACACUUGGUAUGUGAUAAUAUUUCUUAAAGAAGUACAAAUAAGCGGAGAGUAAAACAGAAAACAGUCAUUAAGGAAUAAGAAAAUUAUAAAAACAUAAAAAGCAUCACAAAAAUAACAUGGCUAAUACACUGGAUGAAGAUCGUAAACGUAGCGGUUCGAAUAAAAUACUGUGACAAAUGCGUCUGUGCUGCGAAGUCAGAACAUAGUAUCUUACAAAUGUUUUUAGAAAGUGUCUAUGUUCAUUUAAAGGUAUUUUCAAACAAAAAUUACUAAGUGUGGUUUAAUCGAGACGAUCCUUGAGUGGAUAGAAGAAUAAGAGCGAGUCGCAACGUGUCUGUACUUCUGCCAAGGAAUUAAAGGGCUCAAAUAUUAGAGCAGGAGAUGCGUAAUCCGUACAGUAUAUGCAAUGUAGACUGUCUGCUAGACACGGUCACAGCAUUAGUUAACGAUUGUGAUCAUGAGUCAUUGAAACGACUAAAAAAUAUCGAAGCGUAUGCUACAAAAUACAAAUCGCUCGCACAACAAAUCUGCCAACUUCGCAUGAAUGUCGAUGAUUUUCAUUUUAUUAAGAUUAUUGGUGCUGGUGCUUUUGGUGAAGUGCAAUUGGUUCGGCAUAAAACUUCGCGGCAGGUAUAUGCCAUGAAACGCCUUUCGAAAUUCGAAAUGAUGAAACGUCCUGAUUCAGCAUUUUUUUGGGAGGAGCGUCACAUAAUGGCUCAUGCCAAUUCUGAUUGGAUUGUUCAAUUGCAUUUUGCCUUUCAAGAUCAAAAAUUUCUGUAUAUGGUUAUGGAUUAUAUGCCGGGUGGUGAUGUUGUGUCGUUAAUGUCGAUGUAUGAGAUACCCGAGAAAUGGGCAAUAUUCUAUGCUAUGGAAGUUGUUCUGGCCUUGGACACAAUACAUAACAUGGGUUUCGUGCACCGUGAUGUUAAACCCGAUAACAUGUUGUUGGAUCGUUAUGGGCAUUUGAAACUCGCUGAUUUUGGAACUUGUAUGCGUAUGGGAUCGAAUGGUUUAGUAGUAUCUAAUAAUGCCGUUGGUACUCCUGACUAUAUAAGUCCGGAGGUCUUACAAUCCCAGGGAGUAGAUAAUGAAUAUGGGCGCGAAUGUGAUUGGUGGUCGGUUGGCAUUUUUUUAUACGAGAUGUUGGUAGGCGAUACUCCGUUUUAUGCGGAUUCUUUGGUGGGCACUUAUGGUAAGAUCAUGGAUCAUAAGAAUUCCUUAAGUUUUCCAGCUGAAGUGGAACUCAGUGAAAAUGCAAAGAGUCUAAUAAGAGCAUUCCUUACUGAUCGCACUCAACGCCUGGGUCGCCAAGGUAUUGACGAGAUAAAGGCCCAUCCUUUUUUUCACAAUGAUACUUGGAAUUUUGAUAAUAUUCGAGAGAGUGUGCCACCAGUGGUACCGGAGUUGUCGUCUGACGAUGACACUCGUAAUUUUGAGGAUAUUGAGCGUGACGAAACCCCUGAGGAGGUAUUUCCAACACCCAAAAACUUCGAUGGUAACCAUUUACCUUUCAUUGGCUUUACCUACACUGGUGAUUAUCAGCUAUUAAGCAAUGACACUGUUGAUGCUGAAGCUAAAGAAGAUGUACCCAAUUCAGUAAACCAUAAUCACCGUCAUAGACCGUCGAAUUCGAGCGAAAUUAAACGUUUGGAAGCUUUGCUGGAAAGAGAACGCGAUCAUAACGAGACCUUGGAAAAGCAAGAUAAGGCUUUAAGACAACAAUUAGAACUGGUUAUCAAGCGAGAGGCAGGUAUACAGUUAAUGGCCUCUGAGUAUGAAAAAGAUUUGGCUAUUACUCAGCAUAAAUAUAAAACGGCUUUGCAAAAGAUGGAGCAGGAAGUUGAAUUACGUAAGAAAACUGAAGUGCUUUUAGCCGAAACUCAAAGGAAUCUUGAUAAUGAGCAGAAAAUACGUACCCGUGAAAUGAACAACCACCAACAUCAUAACGAUAAAAUUAUUGCUCUUGAAAAACAAUUAAAAGAAAUGGAAGAAAAUUUCAAAAAUGAAACAGAAAAUUCUCAGAAACUUAAAAAGCAAAUAGCUGAGUGGGGUUUAGCUAAGCAGGAACUAGAGGCGAAAAUAUUGCAGUUGCAGACAACGAUAUCGGGAUUGCAAACUCAAAAAGAAACAUUACAACAUGAAGUGGCUGAGCUGCAAGCACAAUUGGCCCAAGAGAAGAAUUCGAGGUCUCAAUUAAAAGAGUCGCACAAGGAAUCUGAAAAUAAAUUGCAAAAUUUAUCUAAUGACCUGGAAAGAGCCAUUGGUCGGGAGCAAAAAGCCUAUGAAGAUAAUCGUGUUUUAAAUGAAAAAAUAUCAGAUCUGGAAAAGGCAAAUGCCAGCUUAGACUUUGAAUUAAAAGCUGCUCAGGGUAGAUACCAGCAAGAAGUUAAAGCCCAUCAGGAGACUGAAAAAUCACGAAUGCUUAGUCGGGAAGAGGCGAAUUUGCAAGAGGUUAAAGCUUUGCAAACUAAACUCAAUGAAGAGAAGUCGGCCCGCAUUAAAGCUGAUCAAAAUUCUCAGGAAAAAGAGCGUCAACUCAAUAUGCUUUCCGUAGACUAUCGUCAGAUACAACAAAGGCUGCAAAAACUUGAAGGUGAGUGUCGUCAGGAGGCAGAAAAAGUUAUGGUUCUGCAAUCGCAACUGGAUCAGGAACACACUAAAAAGAAUUCCCUGCUUUCCGAUUUAAGUCUGAAAACUUCGGAAGUGGCUCAUUUGAAGUCGCGGGAAAACCAAUUACAAAAAGAAUUAACCGCACUAAGGGAAAAUAAACGAAAAUAUGAGGAAGAUAUCGGGCAAAUAAAAAACGCUUUAAACAAGGAGAUUUUGCAGAAACGUGAAUUACAAGAUCAACUAGAAGCUGAACAAAUAUUCUCCCGUCUGUAUAAGGCACAAGCCAAUGAACAUCGCGAGGAAAUAGAGGAAAGAUGUAGAGAGAUCCAAGACCUUAAAGAAGAACGCGUUUCCUUGAAACAUCAAGUUCAGGUGGCAGUUGCUCGUGCAGACUCAGAAGCGCUCGCUCGGUCAAUAGCAGAAGAGACGGUAGCCGAUUUGGAGAAGGAAAAAACUAUUAAGGAAUUAGAACUAAAAGAUUUCAUUGCCAAACAUCGUAAUGAAAUGGCUGCAAAAGAAGUUGUGCUAUCAACUGCAAAAGACGCUGAAAGCGAUCUUGUUAAAACAUUAAAUCAAAAGAACAACGAGUACGAAGACGCCAUGCAACAGCAUAAGAAAUUACAGGAGGAAUUGGCACAAUUAAGAAACACGAAAGAAGAGGAAAUUGUUAAAUUAAAAGAGAAAUGGAAGAAUGAAAUGCUGUUAAAACAAGUGGCGGUUAAUAAAUUGGCAGAGGUCAUGAAUCGCCGAGAUACUGAUUUGCAGAAACAAAAAGGUAAAGCUCGUUCAUCAGCUGAGCUGCGCAAAAAAGAGAAAGAAAUGCGUCGAUUGCAACAAGAAAUGCAACAGGAGCGUGAAAAAUAUAAUCAACUGUUGUCAAAGUUCCAAGACCUACAAAGUCAAGCCAUCGAAGAUAGUCACGUUAAGCAAAAAUUGCAAAUGGAAAUUGACUGUAAAGCUACUGAAAUAGAGCAGUUGCAAUCGAAAUUAAAUGAAACUGCCUCUCUCUCCUCGGCCGACAAUGAUCCCGAAGACAAUCAAAACUCAUCUCUGCUCUCCCUUAUACAGGAUUCGGUAUUCGAGGGAUGGCUAAGCGUGCCCAAUAAACAGAAUAUACGACGUCAUGGUUGGAAGCGCCAGUUUGUGGUCGUCUCUUCGCGCAAAAUUAUUUUCUAUAAUUCGGAAAUUGAUAAACAAAACACUAGUGAUCCUGUGCUAAUAUUAGAUUUAAGCAAAGUAUUUCACGUACGUUCAGUGACUCAGGGUGAUGUUAUAAGAGCUGAUGCCAAAGAAAUACCGCGCAUUUUCCAAUUGCUUUAUGCUGGUGAAGGUGAAGCCCGACGACCGGAUGAACAAAACCAAUUGGAUAUAAGUGUGUUAAGAGCUGCAAGUGUUGAGGAACGCCCCGGUUCCAUAUUGCAUAAAGGUCAUGAAUUUGUCCAUAUUACCUAUCAUAUGCCUACGGCUUGUGAAGUUUGCCCUAAACCAUUAUGGCACAUGUUUAAACCGCCAGCGGCCUACGAGUGCAAAAGAUGCCGCAAUAAAAUCCAUAAAGAACAUGUGGAUAAUAAUGAUCCCUUGGCUCCAUGUAAACUUCACCAUGACCCUCAUAGUGCUCGUGAGAUGCUUCUAUUGGCGUCGACACCCGACGAACAGAAUCUAUGGGUGUCACGUCUCUCUAAACGUAUUCAAAAAUGCGGAUACAAGGCAAAUUCCUCCUCAAAUAACAGUAGCAAUAAUGAUGGUAGUAAAAUAUCACCAAGUCAAUCAACACGUUCCAAUUAUAAGCCAUAUGCUGUUAAUGUACAAAGAUCAGCUACGCUGCCAGCAAAUUCAUCAUUAAAACAGUGAUUGUUUAACUUUUUAAAUAAAUUUUCCCUUAACUUUUUUCUUUAUUGAUGUUCUCUAUGUCUCCCAAACCUUCAAAUUGAAAUUAAGUUCUUUAAAGAUAACCAUAACACCAAUAAUAGUUUGCAUUUGUAAUAUUUUAACUGCUCUGCUCUUUUUUUCUUAUUUUUGUUGAACUAAACAUUUAACAAAAGAAACUUAAUCAAAAUUUAUGCUCCAGUAAUUUGUUUAUAACCCGUUUAUACAUGCAUUGUAGCAUUUUUACUUUAAUGAAUAUCGACAAUAGCUUACUAAAAAUAUUUCUUUUACUUGAACUCUAUUAAAGAUUGCAA